UAAUGGACCAUUAAAAUAAUAAUACAAAGCAAAGAGAUUUUGCUGGUAUCUUCUGCUCGUAAUAUGCCAAGUGCUUUUAAAUCGUAACCCCCAGACCAGACCAUAAAUAAACUCGACGCCCAUCUAGAAAGUCUUUAUUGACCCGACUCAGAGGAUCUAUGAAGACAUAAUAGUCAGUGAGUAUCUUGAGGAACAUAAAAUAAUGGUGGAAUCAAAUGAAAUCUAAGUGCCAUAACCAUUUAUUGAGUGGAAAGAUUGCCAAUUUCCAAAUCAAUUGAAUAAGCGUAUAUCACUCAAAGCUUUUUAAAGACCCACUCCAAUCCAAGCAUCAGGUUUUAAUUAAUAUAAUUACUUUUAGUAUUUCCAAUAAUUAUGUCUGGACAUGAUUUGAUAGGAAUUGCUUAAACUGGAUCUGGUAAAACAAUUGCCUACCUUCUUCCUGGACUUGUUCAUAUAGAAUGUCAAAGAAAAAAGGGUGGCCCAAUGAUGUUGAUACUUGUGCCUACUAGAGAGUUAGCAAUGCAAAUAUAAGGUACUAAAAGAACACAUAUUUUUAGAGCAUAUAAUUUAUUUUUCUUAAGCAUAUAAUUUGAAUUCUGCCUGUAUUUAUGGUGGUGCUGACAAAAGACCUCAAGAAAUGGCACUAGCUAGAGAUCCAGAUAUUGUAGUAGCAACUCCAGGAAGAUUGAUAGACUUCUUAGAUGCUCAAGUAACAAAUCUACAUAAUGUUACAUACUUGGUAUUAGAUGAAGCAGAUCGUAUGCUUGGUAUAAUAAUUUAUAUAUAAAAAGAUAUGGGAUUUGAAUAGCAGGUUAGAAAAAUAGAUAGCUAUAUAAGAGAAGAUAGAUAAACAGUAUUCUUUUCAGCAACUUGGCCAAAGACAGUGUAAAAUUUAGCAUGUGAUUUAUGUCAUAAUGAACCAAUUAAUUUAUAUAUUGGUAGUCAAGAAGUCACUAUUAAUAAAAAUAUUACAUAAGAAACAAUUUGUUUAUAUCAAAAUGAAAAAUAAGAAGAGUAUAAAAUUGAAAAUCUAUUUUUAGAUUACUUUAUAUUCUUGAAGAAUUAUCCAAUAAAGAUAAAGUUUUAAUUUUUGUUGAAACUAAAAAGGAUUGUGAGGAUUUGGCCAGUUAUUUGUCUGAACAUGGAUUCUUUUGUAUGUCUUUACAUGGUGAUAAGACUCAAUAACAAAGAGAUUAUGUUAUGAAAGAAUUCAAAGCUUCAAAAUGUAAAAUAUUAUGUGCUACUGAUGUUGCAUCAAGAGGACUUGAUGUUAGAGAUAUUAGUUUAGUAAUCAAUUAUGAUUUCCCUAAUUAAAUUGAUAAUUAUGUUCAUAGAAUUGGAAGAACAGGUAGAGCUGGUGAUAAAGGAAGAAGCAUAACUAUGAUUACUUUAGAUGCAAUGGAUCCUAGAAUAGCCAAAUAAUUGGUUGAUGUAUUAAAUUUAGUUAAUUUAAGUUAUUAAAAGAUUCAGAAUAGAUUGUAAAUGAAGAUCUCUAUGAUUUUGCUUAUUCAAGUAUCUAUAUUUAUAUAUAUCUAAGAACCAUAUCAAAAGAGCAAGAGACCAAAUUAAAGGAAAUAACAAAAUGAUAAACCUAUUACACAAAUCAAAAGUAAUAAUAGCACCAAUCUAAAUACCUAAAAACCAUAGCAGAGGUAGUUUAAUUUAAAACCCUCUUCUCCUGUUAAAUAAUCAACAUCAUCUAUGCCACCUCCCCCAGAAUUGAAGAAAGCCUUUUCAGAUGCUCCAGUAUUUGGUUUUUUCAAUUCAAAAAAAGAAUGAU